ACGCCAUUGUACAUGACGUCAAUUUACAUCAAUGAUAGUGUACAUGUUAAAUUAAUAUAAUUGUAUAUGUUUUGUUAAAAAAGUAUGGGUGUUUAAGGUUGAACUGUCCUUGCUUUUUUUGAUAUUUGCUGUUCGCCACCUGAAUAACCGUUCGAUAAUAUUUAACUAUCGCGUAGUGAAUUUGUCAUUGUGUAUUUGUUUAGUGUUUAACCAUAAAAACAUUUAUCAUCAUCAAAAAUCUAACAUAUUUAGUGCUAAAUAAAUAAAUAUUCAAUUUGUUAAUUUAUUUAUAACAAGUAUAUAUUUUUAUUAAAACAAUUUAAUCAACUUUUUAACACCAUGGAUCGGCGAAAAUUGUCAACUUCAGGAGAUUCCUUGUAUCAAACAUUGGAAAUUCCAAAAACAGCAACACCUGAAGAAAUCAAAAAAACAUAUAGAAAAUUAGCAUUAAAAUAUCAUCCAGAUAAAAAUCCAAAUAAUCCAGAUGCAUCAGAAAAGUUCAAGGAUAUAAAUCGUGCACAUGGAAUAUUGACUGAUUUAACAAAAAGAAAUAUCUAUGAUAAUUAUGGAUCACUUGGUCUAUAUGUUGCUGAACAAUUUGGUGAAGAAAAUGUUAAUGCAUACUUUGUCGUUACAUCUGGCUGGUGCAAGGCGCUGUUUUGUCUUUGUGGUAUAUUAACCGGUUGCUACUUCUGUUGCUGUUUAUGUUGUUGUUGCAAUUGCUGUUGUGGAAAAUGUAAACCAACACCACCAGAAGACAGUGGAGUCUAUCACAAUUUACAGGGUCAAAAUCCAGGUGAUAUAGCUGGUCAAUCCCGAGGUUUCAACAAGGAGGAUGAAAGUGAGGAUGAUGCUGUAACAAGUCAACCAGCAAGUAGUGCAACUGUUGGAGCUGGAGCAAACACAGUAUUUGCAAUGCCACCACCAUCAUCAGCCAAUGAAAGUACAAAUCUUAAUAGCGGUGGUGAACGUCCAGAUUAUACAGCGAUCACAAAUCCUUUUGCAGCUGGAGCAGCUGCUGAGGCUGCUGCUCAAGGUGGAGCUAAAUGGUAAUCAUCAGUGUGAUCACUUGGACCAGCCCAUGUCAUUUUAUCAAAAGUACUUCAAGUGUGUCUCGUCAUAAAAUUAUAAAAGACACUUGUAACGUUUUACAAAUAAUUACUUGAAGAAAUAAUUAAUGGUACUAAAGUCCAACUGCGUUCCAUAAUCUAGGCUUAAAAAAACAAUAUCUGUUACAAUUCAGACGUACAAUAAUAACCAUUUUAAAAUUGGCUAUUUAUCUUUUCUGUACUGCAAACAAUUAUUUUUUUUUUUUCGUUCGUUUUUUAAUUGAUAAUUCAAUCACUUCAUUAGCAUGUAUAAUUAUUUAUUUAUUAUUUUUUAAACUUGAAACUAUCACAAGUAAUGAUAAAAUUUUUAUGGAACGCAUUUUUUUUUUCAAUUAGUUUAUAAUUAGCAAUAUUCCAAUAAUAAAUUCGGUAUAUUUCCGAUUGUAAGAUAAUUUAAUUUGUAAUCAAUGAUCACAUAAUUAAUUUAUCUUUUAAUGAGACAAUUUUAUUGAUAUUAAUAAAUAAAUAAACUACAAAUGGGUAGUAAUUUAAAAGUUUGUUGCCUGAUUCCAGUACUUUCUAAUUUAUUUGUGUUAAAUUUAAAAAAUAUUAUAUUGAAAAUAAUAAACUUGUACACAAUUUAAAUAAUGAUAUUAUUAAAAUUAACAUUCACUUGGUGAUAUAAUAAACCAGGCAUUUUGUUAAUCAUAGAUAAUUUUAUGCCUCAAAAAAAAAUUGUCAUUAAUAAUAUUAGUUUUCCAGGAACAAUGUGAGUUCGAGCGUAGUUCAGAAAUUUAUAUACAAUUAUUGUUUUUUCAUUGUUCAAAAAAUAAAAUUAAAUAAAAACUAUAUUUGUUUUUAAUUUUAUUUAUUAUACAUUAUAUAAAUAUAUAUCACGUCGAGUUACUUUGAGACGUUUAAUGUUGUAUUUAUUAUAAAUAAAAAUUAAUAAAAUAGAAUUUAAAGAAAAAAUAAAAAAUUCACAUGUUAACGCUCAAUUGUCCUGGAAUAAUUUGAAAAUGAUUGGUUCGUGUGUGGUGAAUAAAAAUUAAUUCUAUCCUUGAAAAAUAUUCCAAUUGAAUUGAGUCCUCCUUAUUAUAAUUAUGAAAGACAGUCUAUAUGUAUUUGAAGAAAUAAAAAUUGGAUGUAUAUCGCCUUUUUCUGAAUAUCUAAUUUAAUAAAAUGAAAAAUAAAAAAUUAAAUACAUUUUAUUGAAGAAA